AUGCAUAUAAAUAUAUCUAACGCUGGCAGUGGCUCGAGGGAAGACGAAGCAAACAGCAGGGGUGCUGGACGAGAUGAGUCUGAAGACAAACGAAAAAGCAGAAAAUGUUCGUCUCCUCAUAAUGGUAGAAAAAAUACAUCUAGGAGCCGAUCAACAUCACGCGAUGUUGAAGACAGCAAACACCAGCGUUAUUCGGAUCGUGAUAGAGGUAAAGAUAGGGAUCAUUAUCGAUCUAAAGAGUGUGAUAGGGAACGAAAGAGAUCUUCAAGGGAAAGAGAUCGCGAUCGCCACAGUAGUCGCACCAAAGAUGGCAGGGUUAGAAGCCGAUCCCGCGAAAGACGACGUACUCGAUCUAGGGAUAGAAAAAGUUCUCGAUCGCGAUCAGAACGAAAGAGUAGUCGAUCGCAUGAUCACAGACGAAGUCGAUCCAGGGAUCGUCGACAUAAAGACCAUCUCAGCCCUAUAAGAGAGCGAGGACGCAGUCGUUCUUACCGGCGGUCUAGAUCGCGUGAGAGAAGUUAUCGCCACCACAGUGGAUCUCCGCGUCCAUUUCGACGGGGGCGCACUCCUUCCAAUGGCUUGGGACCGGAUCGUUCCCCACAAGCAGAACUCAGUCCUGAAGAACGUGAUGCACGUACCAUUUUCUGUAUGCAGUUAUCACAGAGAGUCCGUGCCCGUGAUCUGGAAGAAUUCUUUUCCAGUGUUGGUAAAGUACGCGAUGUUCGUCUAAUAACGUGCAACAAAACAAAGCGAUUUAAAGGAAUAGCAUAUAUUGAGUUCAAAGAUCCAGAAUCCGUUGCUCUUGCUUUAGGUUUAUCGGGUCAACGACUGUUAGGGGUACCAAUUGUCGUGCAACAUACACAGGCUGAGAAAAAUCGUAUAGCAAAUGCUGUACCUACGUUUACACCCAAAAAUCAUACUGGACCAAUGCGAUUGUAUGUGGGAUCUUUACAUUUUAAUAUUACGGAAGAUAUGUUACGUGGAAUAUUUGAACCUUUUGGAAAAAUUGAUUCAAUUCAAUUAAUAAUGGAUACGGAAACGGGGCGCUCAAAAGGAUACGGAUUUAUUACGUAUCACAAUGCAGAGGAUGCAAAAAAAGCAUUGGAACAACUGAAUGGGUUCGAACUUGCAGGACGUCCAAUGAAAGUUGGCAAUGUAACGGAGAGACUUGACAUGAACACAUCUUCUCUAGAUACAGAUGAAAUGGAUCGGAGUGGCAUUGAUUUGGGCGCUACUGGAAGAUUACAAUUGAUGUUUAAAUUGGCAGAAGGCGCCGGUCUUGCCGUUCCUCAGGCAGCUGCUAACGCACUGUUAGCGACCGCUCCACAACCAGUACCCAUAAACACACAGGCUCAAAAUCCUCCGAUAGCAACGCAAUGCUUUCUCUUAUCCAAUAUGUUCGAUCCACGCACAGAAACUAAUCCCAACUGGGAUUCCGAAAUACGUGAUGAUGUUAUUGAGGAAUGUUCUAAACAUGGAGGCGUCUUGCAUAUAUUUGUCGAUAAAGUCACUCCAACUGGCAAUGUAUAUGUAAAAUGCCCGAGCAUAACAACAGCCGUAUUAGCUGUUAAUGCAUUACAUGGACGUUGGUUUGCAGGGCGUGUAAUUGGUGCAACAUAUGUACCACUUCUCAAUUACCACUCAAUGUUCCCCGAUGCUAUUACAGCCGUUAAUCUACUUACCACAAAUAGGAAAUCCAAUGAUUAAAUGACUGUAAGAUAAAUAUUUUGAUCUGUCAUGAGUU